CAAACAUGGGGACAAUUUAUCUUUUCCGGAAGACACAACGAUCUCUGUUGGGCAAGUUAACACAGGAAUUUCGACUUGUAACAGCAGACCGAAGAUCCUGGAAGAUCUUGCUGUUUGGUGCAAUAAAUGUGGUAUGCACAGGUUUCUUGCUCACAUGGUGCAGCUCUACAAACAGUAUGGCUUUAACAGCCUAUACCUACCUGACUAUAUUUGAUCUUUUCAGUUUGAUCACAUGUUUGAUAAGUUAUUGGGUGAUGAUGAAGAAACCGAGUCCAACAUAUUCCUUUGGGUUUGAAAGGUUUGAAGUAUUGUCUGUCUUUGCAUCUACGGUGCUGGCCCAACUGGGGGCUCUCUUUAUUCUUAAAGAAAGUGCAGAGCGGUUUGUGGAACAGCCAGAGAUCCACACAGGUCGACUGCUUGUGGGAACAUUUGUUGCCCUGUGUUUCAACUUGUUUAGCAUGCUGUCUAUUAGAAAUAAACCAUUUGCCUAUGUUUCAGAAGCUGCCAGCACUAGUUGGCUCCAGGAACAUGUUGCGGACCUGAGCCGAAGUUUAUGUGGGAUAAUCCCAGGUCUGAGCAGUAUUUUCCUCCCUCGGAUGAAUCCAUUUGUGUUGAUUGACAUUGCUGGUGCUCUAGCUCUCUGCAUUACAUAUAUGCUAAUUGAAAUAAAUAACUAUUUUGCUGUGGACACUGCAUCUGCCAUUGCUAUAGCCGUGAUGACGUUUGGAACAAUGUAUCCAAUGAGUGUAUAUAGUGGAAAAGUUCUUCUUCAGACAACACCACCCCAUGUUAUUGGGCAACUCGAUAAACUUCUUCGAGAGGUUUCCACACUGGAUGGUGUUCUAGAAGUUCGGAAUGAGCAUUUCUGGACACUGGGAUUUGGGACUAUGGCCGGGUCAGUGCACGUGCGAAUUAGAAGAGAUGCCAAUGAACAGAUGGUAUUGGCACAUGUCACAAAUCGCCUUAACACCUUGGUUUCAAGCUUAACUGUUCAGAUUUUCAAGGAUGAGUGGGCAAGACCCGUGUUAGCCUCUGGUGCCAUGCCACCCAACAUGUUGAACAUCCCAGACCAUCAUGUAAUUCAGAUGCCCUCUUUGAAGUCCACAAUGGAUGAGUUAAAUCCAAUGACCUCCACGCCAUCCAAGCCUAGUAGCCCACCUCCAGAGUUUGCAUUUAAUACGCCUGGCAAAAAUAUGAACCCAGUUAUACUUUCAAACAACCAGACAAGACCAUCGGGUGUAGGAUUUAAUUAUGGGACCACACCAUAUACCACUACAUUUAAUCACGGACUUGGGGUGCCUGGCAUUGGCAACACACAGGGUUUACGAACUGGUCUUACAAAUGUGGCCAACAGAUAUGGAACUUACACUCCAGGACAAUUCACCCAGUUCAAGCAAUGACAGUAUCUCCAUUUUAAUAAAUUUGUAUUUUUGUCACUUUUGCUGUUCCUCUAAUUCUUUGUCCAUCAUUUAUAUCAUAUAAUAGAGGGAGUCAAAGCUAAUGGAGUCUACCAGGACAGAGGUGUAUUGUGACGAAGAAAAGCAAACCAUUUAUUAACACCAAGCUUUUGAGGUGAUGAGUUCUUCUGAAUAUGCCAUUCUGGGGCUGCAAGAAGAAAUAUUUUUUUAAAUAAAGGACUGAACUUUUUUUUUUCCUAAAUCUUUAAAGGAAUGACUUGGAUACUAGUAGAGGAAAAAUAUGCGCAGACAAAGCAGAAAUGUGCAAACCACCUAUCAGGCAUCACACCUCACACAUCACACAUCAAAGCUGAGCUAGGUUUGUUUUGGAACUGAAGAAUAGCAAGUAUAGUAUUUAUGAGAUGUAUCAUCUUACAUUCUGAGAGUUAUGGAUGAUUGUAUUACACUUUUAUGCUAUUUUGGGUUUAUUCUUCAAUGUAAGUUUUUUCCUUAUUUUUUAAACUGUAUGUUUUAAUUAUUUUAAAAACUUUGAUUUGCUUUUUUCAUUUUAGUGAUUAUUUAAAGGGAAAAUAUCACUGAGAAAUUAAAUUGGAUUUACUUUGCUAUUAAAA